GCUUGCGCGCUUGCUCUGGGACGCCCUGGGCCCCCCACGCACACGCCCCGGCCCUGCGCAUCCCCCCGCCCGCCUGUGCCCGUGUAGCCCCUUCCGGGGACCUCCAAGCCCGCUCCGCCGGAGCCAGGCCGCUUGGGCCUACAGAGGCGGCGGCGCCGGCCCUAGAAACAAGAUGUCCUUCCAAGGCAAGAAGAGCAUCCCCCGGAUCACGAGUGACCGCCUCCUAAUCAAAGGCGGGAAGAUUGUGAAUGAUGACCAGUCCUUUUAUGCUGAUUUGUAUGUGGAAGAUGGUUUGAUAAAACAAAUUGGAGAAAAUCUCAUCGUCCCUGGGGGCAUCAAAACCAUUGAUGCCCAUGGCCUGAUGGUCUUGCCAGGCGGAGUUGAUGUCCAUACAAGGUUGCAGAUGCCUGCCCUGGGCAUGACCCCAGCUGACGACUUCUGUCAGGGCACCAAGGCAGCCCUGGCAGGAGGGACCACCAUGAUAUUGGACCACGUGUUUCCCGACGCGGGAGUGAGCCUGCUGGCGGCCUACGAGCAGUGGCGGGAGCGGGCAGACAGCAUGGCCUGCUGUGACUACUCCCUGCACGUGGACAUCCCCCGCUGGCACGAGAGCAUCAAGGAGGAGCUGGAAGCCCUGGUCAAGGACAAGGGUGUGAACUCCUUCCUGGUCUUCAUGGCGUACAAGGACAGGUGCCAGUGCACUGACGGCCAGAUGUAUGAGAUCUUCAGCAUCAUCCGGGACCUGGGCGCCUUGGCGCAGGUGCACGCUGAGAAUGGGGACAUCGUGGAGGAGGAGCAGAAGCGGCUACUGGAGCUCGGCAUCACUGGCCCCGAGGGCCACGUGCUCAGCCACCCCGAGGAGGUGGAGGCCGAGGCUGUGUACCGAGCCAUCACUGUCGCCAAGCAGGCCAACUGCCCGCUGUACAUCACCAAGGUGAUGAGCAAGGGCGCAGCCGACGUGAUAGCCCAGGCCAAGCGCAGGGGGGUGGUUGUGUUUGGGGAGCCCAUCACUGCCAGCCUGGGCACUGAUGGCUCACACUACUGGAGCAAGAACUGGGCAAAGGCUGCAGCCUUCGUCACGUCGCCCCCCAUCAACCCAGACCCCACCACUGCAGACCACCUCACCUCCCUGCUGUCCAGUGGGGACCUCCAGGUGACAGGCAGUGCCCACUGUACCUUCACCACUGCCCAGAAGGCCGUCGGCAAAGACAACUUCACGCUGAUCCCCGAGGGCACCAAUGGUGUGGAGGAGCGCAUGUCCGUGGUCUGGGAGAAGUGUGUGGCCUCGGGGAAAAUGGACGAGAAUGAGUUUGUUGCCGUGACCAGCACAAAUGCUGCCAAAAUCUUCAAUUUUUACCCAAGGAAGGGGCGAGUGGCCGUGGGGUCUGAUGCCGACCUGGUUAUAUGGAACCCCAAGGCCACGAAAAUCAUCUCUGCCAAGAACCACAACCUGAACGUGGAGUACAACGUAUUCGAAGGAGUGGAGUGCCGAGGGGCCCCCACGGUGGUCAUCAGUCAGGGCAGAGUGGUGCUGGAGGAUGGGAACAUGUCCGUCACCCCAGGGGCUGGCCGCUUCAUUCCCCGGAAGACCUUCCCGGACUUCGUCUACAAGAGGAUAAAGGCUCGAAACAGGCUGGCAGAGAUCCACGGUGUGCCCCGAGGCCUCUAUGAUGGGCCAGUCCACGAGGUGAUGGUGCCUGCCAAGCCAGGGGGUGGUACCCCGGCUCGUGCAUCCUGCACGGGCAAGAUCUCCGUCCCACCCGUGCGCAACCUGCACCAGUCGGGAUUCAGCCUGUCGGGUUCUCAGGCCGACGACCACAUUGCCAGACGCACGGCUCAGAAGAUCAUGGCGCCCCCUGGUGGACGAUCCAACAUCACUUCUCUUUCCUAGACGUGUGGGACUUGCGAUCCAACAAAUUGGUGCUGUUCCCAGCGGGUGGACCGCCUGGGGACCGCUCACCUCAGUUAGCUUUUUCCUUUGUAGAAGUUAUUUUGAAAGGUGCUCAGCCUUACCUUCCCUCCCCCGCAAGCUCUCCUUUUGGGGUCCCAGGUCCUGCUAGGAGGAGCCCCCUCAAGAAUCUGGGGAGAUUUCACUGCCAGGGUGAGGAGGCAAGAUGUGGCAGGGAUAGCUCAGGUGCCCCCAGCCUGGGUGGUAAGUGUCCUAAUGCCAGCGUGGCCUCAUCAUGAAGGUUGGGGCCAUCAAUGAGGGCUGUGGGACCCCCCGGGUGCUUCACAGAAUGCACAGGAACAGCUGGGCUGGCUGAGAAGCUCAUUCAAGCUCUAAGCUGAUGAACCUGCGAGGGUCUGAGUGCAGGCUAGGUGGGCGUUGGCUGCCUCCUCCCCAUUGCGAAUCACUGCCCUCACAAGCCCCCAGCUCCUGCCUGCUCCACGGUGCUCAGGUGCAGCCCGUCGCCCUGCCCACCCUGGUGCAGGGGGGAGAGCGAGGGUGCGUGGGCCCUCCUGCCCUUGAGGAGCUGCUGUGACUUCAGGGAUCCAUCGGGACUUAGCGUAGAGUAGCUCCUUCCCAGGUAGGGACUCGUUUGUACACGUUUCCAAGGACCAAACCUAUGCUUUCUAGUGGCCCACCUCCAGGGGAACUGUACGAUCCGUUAGCUAAGACGCUCUCCUUUUACUACAAAAUGUGUGUCAAUAGAUUUAUUAGAGUAGCAGUUUUGUACUGUGAGGACAACUGUAGCCAGGAAUCUAUGCAUGCCACCCAUACCCGGUCGGUGGGACACUCGCCCCAAGUCUGAUGUGAAUUGGGUCAAUUAAAGAUGUCUGGUUAGAAGCCACCUGCGUGUGAACAGCCAGCCUCUUUACCUCCUCGCGCUGUCUCCCCACAGUGGUUUGUGUGCAGACCCUUGGAAGCCCUCUGCUGCCCCCACCCUGGCCUCGUGCUGCUGUGAAGCGCGUGGACCUAGAUGCAUCCUUCACUGACCUGUCUACUCUGCCCUCUGGCCAGGGGCAGGGCUGGGUCUGAGUGCUGGGGAAGGAGAGGGAGUUCCACUCAUAGGGAAGGGAGCCUGCAGGGCUGCAGACAACCAGGGGCUCAGAGAGACACUGGCUGUGACCCACAGCCAAGUGCUUAGAGGGAGGAUCCACACACACACAAUUCUGAGUAGAUGGGUCCAAACCAGGCCAGGGCAGCAUGGCGCAGCGGGAGCACUUGAAGUCAGAGCAUACCUCCUGGAGGAGGCUAGGGAGGGAGUGGAGGCCAGGGAGGAAGUGGAGGCCGCCCAAGGAGAAUGUCACUCACACAGGCCUGCAAAACCAGCCCUGGCUCUUAAGGGAUCUGAUCCAGAACCUUCUAGAUCUGCCGGCUGGCCUCCUGGUCUCAGCCUCUUUCUCAUAAGAAAUGGUGUGGAAAUGUUUCCAGAAGGGUGUUUUCACCCCCAGAAGAGGGACAGGCCAUGAUCACUGUGCACCACUGGCAGAAGGCAAGCCCUGGAGGGCCACUGGUGACUGUCCUCACAACUCACCACUGCUUCCCUGGCCGCUGCCCGGUGUCAGUUCACGGACACCAAGGAGCAUUUCCUGCUGUGGUCUCUUGGGGGCCACAGAC